AUGGAGACUUUCUUUGACUAGAAGGAAUUCGUAGUCAUUGAUCAUGGUACUGGUUUCAUCAAAGCAGGCUUUUCAGGAGAAGAUCUCCCAAGAUGUGUCAUUCCAACAGUCGUAGGAACUCAUCAAGUUCAGAUAGAUCCGAAUCAAUAGCAAGUGCUAGCAGGAGGCGUUUUACCUUAAGAUGGCUCUUAAUAAAAAAUUGAAUAUGCCUUUGGAAAUUCAGCCUUUGCUCAAAGAGCUACUCACUCCCUUCACCAGCCAAUUGAAAGAGGCAUCAUCAAGGAUUUUUAGCACAUGGAGAACCUUUGGGAAUACAUUUUCGAGCACGAGUUGAAUUUAGAGCCAAAAAAUAUCAAUGUAUUGCUAACUGACUCUCCCUUGAAUACAAAAGAAAACAAGCAGGAAAUUGCUCAAAUCAUGUUCGAAACAUUCAAGGUUGAAUCUCUUGCUAUAAUGAAUACAGCAGUGUUAUCAUUAUUCUCUACUGGAAAGACAACUGGUAUAGUUGCAGAGUGUGGAGAAGGAGUGAGCUAUACAGUUCCAGUUUUUGAAGGAUAUGCUCUACCUCAUGCCAUUCACUCUUUAAAUGUUGCUGGCUAAGAUGUCACUGAUGAACUUAUGAAGGGAUUGUUAGAUGACAAUAUUUAAAUAAAACCAGAUCACUUCGAAUAUGUCAGAGAAAUGAAAGAAUAAAUGUGCUCAGUAGCCCUUAACUACGAAUCAGCUGUGUAUCAAAGAGAUCCCCUAAAUGAAGAGCAAAGAUCUUAUGAGCUACCAGAUGAUAAGGGCAUCAUCCAAGUGGACCAUAAAAAGCGUUUUAAGGCAACUGAAGCAAUUUUUAAUCCCAGAAUAAUUGGUAGAGAUGAAGUAGGUCUAGCCCAUAUCGCCUACAAGGCAAUUGAGAAAUGUGAUGCAGAUCUUAAGAUUAACCUUUAUAAUAAUGUUGUGUUGGCAGGUGGAAGCACUUUGAUGCCCGGUUUCCAUGAGAGAUUCGACUAUGAGCUCAAAAACUUAGCAAUGCAUUCUACAAAGACUGAUAUUAAUGUCUAUGCUGAUCUACAUAGGAAAUAUGCUGCUUGGAUAGGAGGCUCAAUGAUUGCUAGCUUUAGUACAUUUAGUGAUAUGACCAUCAAGAGAGACGAAUAUGAAAACAUUCAAGAUGGAGAGAGAUCUCACCUCAUCCUCAAGAAAACUAUAUAUUGA